AUGCCUGGCGCUACCCGUCGCGGCGGUGGUGGUGCCAAGCGCCACGCUCGCGCAGACCGCGACGGCGACGUCACAAUGGACGCCGCAACCAAAAGCCGAGGUAGAAUCGGAAAAGCGAAAGCCUCGAAGGACACACCAUCUCGCACUCCCAAGAACGGAGUCUUCGGCAAGAAUGCGCAGCGCAACAUCUUGCGCCAAGCCGCAGCCGGAGAUGUCAACAUGAAGGAAGGAAGCAAAACCUUGCGCACAGGCCCGGUCGAGCUCCAGAUCACCGGCUGGACAAAAAGCAAGGCUUCCGAUGGAAAUGACAGAGGCGUCAGCGCUCUGAUCAAAUGGCUGGAAAAGAAAGCCAGUUUAAGACUAGGCUCGGGACGCAGAGAAGUGCGCAUCAACAAGUCACGUGUCGUGGAAGACGACCUGUUCGUCACCGUCCCCGAGCAAGACGCUACCGCGCUCAAGCGCAUGAACGGAUAUGGAUGGGCAGGAGCAACCAUCAGCAUCAAGCGAACAGGAGGAAACGACGAUGGUCCCGCAGUUUCCUCCCAAGCGGAAAAGACAAAAGCGAUGCUCCGAGGCGUCCUCGAGCGCCGCUACAACCCGGAUAUCAAAUUCCUGGAUCUUUCCGCGUUGGGCCAAGACGAAGAAUUGAAGUCACAGCAAAUCUUCGACAACAAAUCGACGGCCAGCAAAUUCUUCCCGGCCAUGAUGAAGGUCCUCAGCAUGGUCUUCGACACCCAAGCCGAGCUCAACGCCGCGAUCGAGAGCGUCUCUCUCGCAAAUAACGAGCUUGCCGACCUGAAAUCGAUCUCCAGCUUGUCGGAAACACUACCGAAGCUACACAACCUCGACCUCUCGCACAACAAAUUCGAGAACCUCGCCUCUCUUGACCGAUGGCGCAAACGGUAUCUUCAUUUGCAGCACAUUGUCAUCAACAACAAUCCGCUCGAACAGAACGAGCCGGAAUAUGCCACAUCAUUUCUCAAGUGGUAUCCCGAACUUCGGAUGAUCAACAACGUCCAAGUCCGCACCGAGGAAGAGCUUGCAGCAGCGAGUUAUCUUCCCUUCCCAAUCAAGUCGCCACUCUUCUUUGACGUAGAUGGCAUCGGAGAGCAAUUCAUUCGAAACUGGUUUCUCGGCUUCGACACCGACCGCCGGGCUCUUGCCAACAUGUACUACGACCACCUCUCGGACUUCUCAUACGCCCUUAACACAGCGGCGCCACGAGAUCCAUCAGCGACGGUCUCAUUGGAGAAGCAAGAAUGGGACUACUACAUCAAGAACAGCCGGAAUCUUAAGAAGAUUUCGCAGCUGCCAGCACGUGUGAACCGGGAGUUUCAUGGACCCAAAGAUGUCGGCGAUCUGUUCGACUCUCUUCCAAAGACCAAGCACGCAGAUCUUGGCACAGAAGCCAGCAAGUGGAUCAUCGAGGGACACGCGCAGACUGGGAUCCCAGACACCACCACGUUAACACCCGGCGGCGUCGACGGCUUCCGUAUUACCUUGUCGGGCGAAUACGACGAGCUCGACGACACGACUGGCCAGCCGACUAAGAAGCGCAGCUGCGACCAUUCCAUCGUCCUUGGGCCUGGUGGACCCACUGGAGUUCGCGUGGUCAGCCACCACAUCACAAUCCGCGCAUACGGCGGCACACAAGCGUUCAAAGCGCCUGCCGCAUCGCCACCUCAGGCGCAACCCGAAGCGGCCCAGAACAAUGAGACUCUGGAGCCACCGAUCCUCCCAUCCAACCUUACCUUGGAGGUGGCCGAGGCAAUGGUUUUCGAAUUGACCAAGCGUACGAACAUGACGCUGCCAAUGUCGAAGACCUGCCUUGAGCAGACGGGAUGGGACUUCGACACGGCAUUGGCCGCGUUCGAGAAUGUGAAAGGAACUCUGACGGCAGAGGCGUUCAAUGCCGUGCCUGUCGCAUGA